AUGAUAAUUUAUUAAAUAAAAUAGAUAAUAGUAAGCAAGUAUGACAAAUAAGUUAAUUUUUUAAGAAAGACAGAAAAAGAUGAAUUUAAAGUUAAAUACUCUCUUCCAUUUAAUACAACUUCAUUAUGUAGUUAAUUGAGUGAAGAUGGAGAGUAUUUUAUAAUUUGGGAUAUUUCACUAAAGAAAGUGGAAACUACAGAAGAAUGA